AUGUCAGAAUCCGACCCUUCAUACAUCUUCUCCCAAAAAAACUCUAGACUCCCCGAAGACACUGUCUUCUUCACCAUAUUCCCGGACUCCUCCCUUUCACCAGACCCCAAAUCCCAAAAUUCCAAAACUACCCUUCUUCUCUCCCCUCAUCUCCAGUCUCUCCACCUCCAAAUCCUCCAGUAUCUCUCCCAAUACACCACCAAUUACAUAUGGCAGCACGAACCCUUCACUUUCUCCCCCUCUACCCAAUCACCCUGUUCCUUUUGCCCCUCAAAUCACAUCCCUCAUCUUCAUGGAAAGCUCAGAUAUGGAGACAAUCUUGAAGAUGAAUGGUUCAUUGUCUUUUUACUCUUUCAAGCCUCACAAAAAUUCCCAAAUCUUUCAAUCCAUGUAUGGGAUACAGAUGGUGAGUUUCUCCUAAUCGAAUCAGCUUUCCACCUCCCAAAAUGGGUCAACCCUGAAACCACCACCAACAGAAUCUUUAUCAGAAAUGGAAACCUACACAUCAUCCCCAAAGAUCAUUUCCCUUCAAAUCCCACUUUAGACAAUGCUCUUUCAUAUCUAAUCAAACAAGAAAACCAAACCAAAGCUCCAAAUUCAGUCCAAUUAGCCAUAAAGAAUCGAAUUGGGGAUUACCCAGAAAGAGCAAUCAAGAAUAUGCAUAAAGUUAGGGUUAGGGUUCCAAUUCUAAUAGCUCAAAUCUUGAAACACGAACCGUGUUUAAUCUCAUUAGCAGUUGAAGGGUUUUAUGAUCGCGAUAUAGAUUCAAUGAAGUAUGCUGCAAAAAUGGAAAGAUUUUUGCCAAAUAAAAGCUCUGAUGAGAUUGUUGAAGUGUCAGUGACAAUGUCACGUGCAAUGUAUGCACAAUUGAUGCAACAAACUUUUCAAGCACCAAAGUGUUACCCAAUGCCAGCUAGGAGUGAGAGUGGGUACACGUCAGCAGAGUUGGGUAUGAAGAUAGCUUGUGGGUUCGAGAUGAUUUAUCAGAUUAAAAAACAAGAAAAGUUACAAGGAAAAGGAAGCACAUGGGAGGUUUAUAAAGAGAGUUUGGAAAGAAAUGGAUACUUUGAAGGGUUAAUUUCUGGUUCAAAAGAGUAUAAAAGAUUAAUGGAGAAUGCAGAAAGUUAUUACAAGAAAAGUUCAUUGCAUUCUAGAGAAAGUGAAAUUAUGAGUGCUCCUGUGAAGCGUAUAGAUGAUAUCAUUGCUGAUUGUAAUGUUUCAUUAGAUGAGUUUAAAAAUCAAGAAAUUCCUCCUUCAGAUGAUGAUUCUUGGCUUUAUAAUGGUGAGGAUGAAUUAAAUGCUGCUCUUCUUGAGAGACAACAGGAGAUGGAGUUUUAUGAUAUGAAAAAGAAUAAAAAAAAGAAUAAAGAGGAUGGUGUGGGUCCCUCGUGUUCUUCAGAUUUAAAUGAUUAUGAUCUUGGUGAUAUUGCAAAAUCAAUGCAAGAAUUUGUUCAGAAGAUGUCAAGCUUUGAAGGAGCAGAAGUUCCUGGAAACAGAAAUUCGGAAGAUGUGGAUCUGGAUGUGGAGCGAUUUAUGAAAGAAAUUGAUUCGGUUAUGAAUCCUUCAAAUGGAGAUGAAGAGCUUGAUUCGGAUAUGGAUUUGGAUGAUGAUGAAGACAUUGAAGAUGAUGAUGAUGAUGAAGAUGAAGAAAUGGAUUUCAUGAAUUCUUAUUCUGAUGUUUUGAGUCAGGAACUGAAGAGGACAACACUGGAUAAAAGUUUUGUUCGUGCAAAUGCAAAUGAGAAGGAGUUAAAGAAGGAUGAGGGAACAUCAAAAGUGGAAGAAGAAAAAGAAGAGGAGUUUAGUCGUGUGGAUGUGGAUGUGAACCUUGUGAAGAGUUUGCUUGGUUCGUUUUCUUCUCAAGAGGGGCUACCGGGUCCUGCCUCCAAUUUGCUUGGACUUAUGGGCCUUCAACUUCCACAAGAUCAUAAGGAUAAAUGAUUUUAGAAACUUUAUUUUAUAUGAUAUUUUGUAUAAUACUACACAUACCUUAAUUACUAGGCUGCAGGUUUUGAGAUUUUUAACUCGUUAUUUAAUUAGAGUCUGGUUAUACUGUGACCAGAAAUCAUUCUGUUAACAUUUGUUGUGUGUUAUAAUUUAUUUAAGAUAGACAAAAUUGCAAAAAUGGUCCCUAU